AUGAAGAGGACUGCAUGGUAUGCAUUGAAUGGUGUCCCACCACCACUCAAAGUAAUACCGGCUUUUCAACCUUUGCCAUUCAAGCACGACAAAUUUUUAGCUAUCAAAAGCCGAUCCGCUGAUAAGUGGGUUGACUCCUGCAAUGAUAUUCUUUCCCGUUCUUGUGCGCUGAAUCAGAAAGUUAGUGAAUAUUUCAACCUUCAUCACGUUCCUCCCAUCACCGCUGCACCUGUAAAAGGGAACGUUUCUGAAAGUGAGGGUUAUACCAAACCUAACGCGGCCCCAUCUCACGUCGAGGCCUUACCAUCUUAUCUCAUUGAGGAAUUACACCAAAUCAACAAAAAAGCUCAACGCUUGACCACUAUUCAAGGCUUCGUUUUAAGCGAUCGGUUGGUUUUCGACAUGUUUCAUAUAAACGUGAUGAACGGCGACUAUAAUACAGCGCUAACGCUGUGGCUGCGGUCGCACAUUCUCGGAGACGAGCAACGCGGGCCACCGUAUCCGCUUUGGCUCCUGCAAGAUUUGGUCUCCAUUCUAGGGGUCCAUCUCAUGAGUAGCUUGCCAGACAGUGCGGCCAAUUUUCAUAUGCUUUCAGCCUUUCCUUCCGGCCGCAAUCUCGGUGGUUUGGGGGCGGAUAAGGAGACGCUUCGCACGCUACUUGAGCAUGAAUGGCGCCCACCGCAGCCACAGCGAUGGGAUGACGAUGUCGGCCAAACCAAUGGAAGAUCUGCGGAUGACGAAGCCGAUUGGGAAGCACCUUUGCUCUACACCAACUCUUCCAAUCGCUAUACACGGCAUUAUUUAAUCCAUUACUUCUUGCCGGUGUGGCGUGCGGCGGGCAAGAUGGGCCUUUUUUUUGAUGACCUUCGGGAAAAUGCCCGGUUGUCCUUGGCGGAAUCGCCCGAGGAGGCAGCGGAUGGGAAGAUGGAUCCCGUGAAUGGGAUGGCACGUGGUCGCGUAGGGGACAUUUUGCCUUCUGUUAAAACCCAGAACGCGGUGGUUCGGCAGCUUCUGAUGUCUUUUAUCCCAGUGCAGUUCCCGAGCCCCCGUGAGGCCGACGCGGACGCGGUUUGGAUGCCCCUCCGGGUUCUGACGGAAUUACUGAUCGCCCUGGCGGCCUGUGCGGCGGAGGCGAAGGAGCCCUGGCUUUUAUUAUCCCUGCAGACUACAUUUUGUACCGCCUUCCUCACCCGUUCCGACGACGCGGAAGCAGCGGGCAGGUUAAAUGGGGGUCGAGUUGGGCUCAAUACAGAGGCCUGGAUUGGGUAUCUCGAGGAACUCGGUCCCGAUGUGAGCGCGGCGUUGGUCUCACAGGUGCACGAUCUUCUUGAGCGCUUUAGUCUGGACAUCAUCUCGCUGGUGAAUUAUGGUCGGCAGGCCUUUCGAUCGGAACAGCAACUUUGGGCUGCGUAUGACGCCUUGCGUUUGAUGGCAACGGCAACGCGGCAUUAUCAAUCCCGCGAUACCGCUCGGAAUGAGAAGGGGACCGCAUUCCGAUACUCGGAGGAAUUUUUUAAUCGGCUUUCCCGCAUCCUGCGCGCGACGUCGCCGGUGGGGACCCCUCUCGACGAUGAAGUGGUAAACCCCGAUGACGCGAGCCACCCUCAGGCGCAGGCGCAUCUUUGGGGCGAAACCUCGGCUUUGGUCAGCUCUUAUAUCCGUGGGUUAUCCCCGGUAAGUGAGGCGGUGGCGCAGGCCAUUCUUUACGUCGGCUACGCCUGCCAGGACCCCAGUUUGAUCCCCGACGAGGAGAAUUUUCCCCCGAACGUCUUUAUGGCUGCACGUCCUGAAAGGAUGAGGGGGAAAGACGCGGCGUGCGGUGAGGGGGCGCGAUGGUCCUUGUUGGAGCGCACUCUUCUCCUGCGUAAUAUUCAACACCAACAGCGGCUUGCCCUGGGGUGUUUGAUGAAUGUGGAAGAUCACCACGAUGACGGAAAUUCAGGAGUUGAGACUGAAAAUGGAUUUGAUUUCGGGCUCGAGGCGGGCGCGCGAUCCCCUGGAUGGCUGGAGGAGCUCAUGACGGGAUUGAAGAUCCAAAGAGACCGGGGGGUCUUCGGUCAGGCAGGGGGAGGCGCACUUCCUACCGUGGAUUUCGCUCGCAUACGGCCAAUAGUGGACAGUUUAGCGGAGCGUUUGGUGUGUUUGACCCUCAUCGACGUGGUGGAGUGGUGGCGCACAACCGAUGAGCGGCUUGGCCACUAUCGAGACGGUUCGACCUGCGAAGGUACCACACCCUAUCACACCCCACAGGCGCAGUUUGAGGAUCAAAGGGUCAAGGGGAUGGAUGACGGCCAUCCAUCCUUAUCGCCUGAGGACAACAACGAGGCGCACGAUGCCAAUGGGGAUUACGAAAGGGGUGCUUCCGAUGGGGCACCCAGUUUAGUGGAUCACAACGAGGAUGGCCCGACUGAGGAGGCGCCCAAUGCCGAAGACGCGGAUGCGGCGAUGUGGUUCGAGAGCCUGCAAGAACUGCAGGUUCCGAAAACGCUUCAACGCCGUGUUGACGAGUUAUUUGCGGCGUUGAAGCUCGCCGUGGGUAAUCCACUAGAGGGAAAGACUCCGUCCUGGUGCAGUUGUGUAAGUCCGGCUGCGGCUUCCGUCCUCGCGGUGCUUCUGGCAGGGUUUCCCACGAAUGGCCUUGGGCAUCUCGAAGACGAACAGGAAAUCGUCGAUGGGAUCUGGGGCGAUCUGGUGGAUAUCGCGACCUACCAUCUUUCUUUUCUCCAUACCAGCGCUAUUAACGUCACCGAGGAUAACAUGGAGACCGAGGUCGCUUCACCGCUGUCAGGGUUAUUUGGUAAUUCCAUAAGUAUUCUGCUCCUGAUGCUUGCGCGAACGGCCCAGUGGGAUCUGGCCGAGCGACUUCUUUGCAGGCUGGAAGCAUACGAUGGGGAGCAUUCACAGCCGCCGAAUUCGGACGGACCCAUGUCUGACGACGGGGUUUGGUGGCUGUGGUCCGGCGUAACUAUGGACCCUGAGAUCUUUUCCGAGGUUUUCAGUCGUGCGAGGGAAGAUGGGGCAACCGUGGUAUGUGCAAUGCUUUCCCCAAAACGAAAGCAGCUUUUUUUCUGA